AGCUCCUCGAGGUUUAUUGAUUUGUGCGGUUGUUCUUAUUUGAGAGGAACAGCGGCAGCGAAGUCAGGGUGUGAAGACGUGACGUAUGAACAGGGACGACACGUACACACACACACACAUCCAAGAAUAAUAAUAUAUACAAAAUGGCACAGUGUCUCACGUGGAGGGUCUUAAAUAGACCCCAAACAAAUGCGUGCUUAGAGGCAAACAAUUUGGAAGAACUACGCGUGACACUGAAGCGUGUAGAGGACGAAUGCAGUGGCGAGCUCCUGCACUCCCGCGAGCGCACUGCGGCGCAGAUCGGCGUCCUUUUAGACCUCUACGGCCAUGUGAUCCUGUUUAGCAAAGCAUCUCAGCUCGCACCGUUCAAAGUGAGUACCCUCUUCGGCAUCGUCCACCAUGUACAUGAAACGAGCAUGUGUGGCCGCUACACACGCGCCGAGUCGUACGACCUCCUCCGGCAGCUGAUUGUGCAACACAGCGUGCAUCGUCCACCGUACUCCACGAUGGUGUUCAACGUGCGGGAGGUGCGAGACAUCGACACCUACCUGAUGAGUACCUACUACCGCCACUACAAGAUGUACGUGUUCUGCUUCGUGCCGCAGGAGGUGGCCACGCUGCGCACGGUGAUGGUGAACGACAUUUCUGAAGCUGCGCCGGCGCACCUGCCGCCGCUGACCGCCGCGAUGACUGAAGAGGCGUGGAAGGAGAAAAUGCAGGAAGCCGCACGCACACGGGAGGAGGCGGAGAUGGAGGGAGAGGUGUCCACCUCAGAAGCCGUAUCGACCGCCCAACGGCUCGCCGGUACACUAAACGGGCCUGAGUUCAACCCUGGCAUUCGCGAGCAGCUGGAAGCGAUUCGCGAUUCGGUGUCAAAGCAUUCGGCGGAUCGGUUGGAUGCGAUAGAGGAAAAGCUUGCUGUCAUUGAAACGAAGGUGAACGAGAGGCAGGGCAGUGGUGCCAGUCGCAGCGCCUCCAGGUCCGCUUCAAAGAAGAAGAAGUGA